ACACUCCUCUCACUGCCAUACUAUUUUUCCCCACUUACUCCCUCCCUCCCUUUCUUCAGCUUUGGCCCCUUCACCUCUAACAAACUCUAAACCAAAUCCAAAAUCACACACUUCCGAGCUCCACACUUCCUCAUCUCAUUCCCCAAUCACCAAAAUCCAAGCUUUAAACAACCAAAUCCAACUCCCUAUCCCAAACAAACAAGCAAAUCAAAACCCCAAAUUCCCCAUUUCCUACUUCCUCUGCAAAUUGAAAACCGGUACCCCUUCCCCAACAACCUUAAAAAACAUAAAAUAAAAAAAAACAACCUUUCCCACCUUCAAUGUGGCACUCAUGGAGAAAACCAACUUCCUUCUCUUGCUCCUCCUUCAGCCUCUUCAUAGACGAACCCACCACCACAAAACCCAAACCCUCUAUUUUCCACCGAGUCACGCUCGCCAACUCGCUCCUCCGAGCCUGGGCAACUCAGCCCAAACUCAGCCAUUCCCCCACCUCACCGCCACCCAAUGACCCACGCGCCUCCGUCCCCUGUUCGGAGCAGCGCGUGGUGGUCUACUUCACCAGCCUGCGCGUCGUACGAACCACAUUCGAGGACUGCAAAACGGUGCGUUCCAUCCUGCGCGGGUUCCGGGUCGCGCUGGACGAGCGAGACGUGUCCAUGGACUCGGGUUUUCUCACGGAGCUCCAGCGAGUCACGGGUCGGAAAACCGGGUUGACCCUGCCCGGAGUUUUCAUCAACGGUAGGUACGUUGGUGGGGCCGAGGAGGUGAGGUGGCUGCACGAGAGUGGCGAGCUUAGGAAGCUUCUUGAAGGGUUGCCCGCAGUGGAUUCUCAUCUCCGCGCGUGCCACGUGUGCGGUGAUCAUAGGUUCGUGCUCUGUGGGGAGUGCUCCGGUGCGCGCAAGGUGUACGCGGAGAAAGGUGGGUUCAAGACGUGUACGGCUUGCAAUGAGAGUGGGUUAAUCAGGUGCAUCUCUUGUACUUCUUGACCAUGUGCACCUGCACCCUCUUCUCCUCUCUUUCAAUUCUAUUAAAAAGUUGAAGGACAAAACAGAAUGCAAGUGACAAUUAAUCAAUUAUAUCAAGAGAAAAUUAAAACAUUUUUUAUUUUUUGAGAAAAUGUUUUUUAAUGUAGUUUUUUUGGUUUAUUCGGUUUUGUGGUUUAAUGGGCAUGCAAGAAAGUGUGUAGGCCCAAGAGGUGGAGAUAAAUCGAGUUUUCUGCAUCUGUAAAUUCUGGAUUGGUGUUAUAUUUUAGCUAACUUAAAACACCAUGUUAACUAGUCAAGUCUUUUACUUAAUUGCAUCAUGUUUGCCCCUUUUUCUCUUUGUCUUUGUUAAUAUAAUUUGGCUUCAAUGGAUAUGCAUUUGCUUGUAUAAUCAAUCAUGUCAUGUAAGUAUCACGUAAGACCAUGAGCAAUGGUUGGUUGAAUCUUGUUUUGUUUACCUUUUUCCA